AUGGGGCCCGCACCUCCGGGGUCAGUCCCACAGGAUGAGUACUUCUGCCACGGACACGGCCGCAGUCCCACUGAGCUGAAGGCCGCGGCUGCUCCCAGGACACCCCGGCUCCUUGCGUCCAGGACCAAGGGGCCGGGAGUGACCCGACCACCAGGAGAAGGCAGGGUCUGGGAAGAGAAGCCCACGGGUGCCCUGCGAGCAGGGUUCCAGGGCCUGACCCUGCUUCGGGGGCCCGGCCUGGACACAUGCCUGGCUGCCGGCUGGGAUACUCCCUUCGCACAGGGUGCCCUGUGCCAGGACUGCCUUCAGCGGGUCUGUGAGCCCGGGACAGGCCUGCCGGUCUCGGCAGGAACGCCAGGCCAGGACAGGCCCUGUGCCCUUGGCAGUUGGGCCACGCCCCCUAUUUGGUUGGCAGUGACCUUGGGCCAGGUAGGAGCCUCUUUGGACUCUGCCCAGGUGAGACAGGAGCAGGGUUGUGGAGUGGAGACCUUGGGAAGGCAGCUGGACAGAGGGGUCUGGAGCUCGGGAGAGAAGACCACGGGAGGCGGCAGUCUUGGCUCUGCCCCAUCGGGCAGCUGCGGAAGGAUCCCACUCACCUCCUCGGGGCAGAGGCCAGCGGCAGGAGGAGCUUGGGGACAGCAGGUGGCUCCCGGAUUGGUCAGCGCCCCAGCCAGGAGCAGCACCGCCCUCUCAAUCUGUCAGCCUGAUUACCUCCGCCCAGGGCGCCUCCACCCUCCGCCGAAGGGGGGCGGCAGGCGGAACCUGACCUGCACACUCGCCCGGGGCCACCCCAGCCCUGUCCCCUGCCGGGGAAACCGCUGGAGCCGGGAGGAACCCCCCACCCCCACCCCGCCACCGCCCACCCCCGCCUCCCCGGGCCGCAUCUCCCACGUCCCUGCCGGUAACCUCGACCCUCGCCCACCAGGGAGGGCGGCCGGCCCGGGGCUCAGACUGCCCGGUCCGGGCGAGCCAGAGCGCGGAGCUCCCGGCCGCUUCCGGCUCCACCGGCGCCUUGCCCCCCACGCCCGCCCCCGCCUCCCGGACCCGAGCUCAGCGCCCGUCGAAGGAGCUUCGGUCUCUACUCCCUGGCCUGCCCGGGUCUGGCCCAGGCCUGGGUGUCCCACCUGCCCGCGCGGCGCCCCGGCGCUCCGAACGCAGUCUCUCGGCUCGCGGCUGGGCCCGCGCCACCCGAAUUUAAACCGGCCGCGGCCCCGCCCUCAUCUGGGGGCGGCGGCCCGGGGUGGGGGGCGCGCCCCGAAUCCGGGUGGGGCGGGCGGGUACCCAGAACCCGGCGGGGGCCAGGGCGGCGCCCCGGGCGCGCCCCUCGGUAGGCUGGCCACCCGUGAGCACCCCUGGUGAGGAAUGGCCCCGAAUUGCAGGGGGGCGGCUGCCCUCUCCCUCCUGCCCCUUUGACCCCUUCCCCAGAGUCCCGGUGAGGGAGCGGAGGUGGGCACAGGGUGCUGGGGGAGGGGUCCAUCCCCGCCCCUCUCAGCGGGUUCAGUGGACUUUGUAAAGGAAAUGCACACCUGACCGGCGGUUUCACUUUCCAAAACGACUGUAUUGCGGGAGGGCCAGUCGGGAGGGGUUCGCACAGCUCCUCUGCUCACAUGUGUGUGGGGGUGUGGGGCGGGGUGCGCACUGCUGGCCACCUGCUGGGUCUGCUCAGUCAGGGGGGUUGGGGGAUCAGCUCCCCCCACUGCUGCUUAGGUCCUGGGUGUGCUGAGCCAGGGUUCCGCAGGGGCUCCCCUCCGUGUGCCCCUUGGAAGAACUGGGGUUUCUGUGUCCCCAGCAGGUUCCCCUGUCUGGAAGAGAUGGCCAGACUUCACCACCCCGCCUGAGGAGCCUCCCCCUGGGCUCAGAGGAGGUCCCGGGUGCAUCCCAGUGCUCCUGGCCCUCCUCUCAGACGCCCACCCUGACACCGUGAGGCAGUGGCUGCUAGAGGUGUUGGGGAUAGAGGCCCAGAACCUUGGGGGCACCACCUUGGUGCCUCCCACCAAAGCAGAGCCCGAGGCUCUCUCCCAUCCCCCAGUCCCUGCCUCGAGGGCUCAGUCUCUCUACCCCCCUAGCCCUUAUCUUUGCUUGGUUCAUUUUUUUUUUAUUUUGUUUUUAAAUGUUUUAUUUAUUUUUAAGACAGAGAGAGACAGAGCAUGAGUGGGGAUGGGGCAGAGAGAGGGAGACACAGAAUCCGAAGCAGGCUCCAGGCUCUGAGCUGUCAGCACAGGGCCUGACGCAGGUCUCCAAACUCACGAACUGUGAGAUCGUGACCUGAGCCGAAGUCGGACGCUUAACCGACUGAGCCACCCGGGCACCCCUGCCUGGUUCAUUCUUGACCACGUACUUGAACAGGGCCACCCUGACAGUCACCGAAAGUGUACCUGGAGACGCCCGUGCAGGUGCAGGCAUUUCUGGGGUGGAGGGUUCUGGGGUCCACCCCCGUGGCUCUGCCCUCACCCCCGCCUACCAGGCCCACACUCCCACCUGCUCACCAAGGCUCCCUGGCCCCCGGGGGCUGGCCUCUGGCCACCUGUGUGCCCUGGUGCACAUCCACCCAUCCACACUUGACGUUCUGUGUGGCUGCCGCUGGCCACCGGGGAGCCCCGACCCCCAAGGGUAGUGAGCUCCGGCAGGGGCCCGUGUCCAGCAAGGGGCGCUGGCCCAGCUGCAUCUCUGCCCGCGAGGCCCCAGGACACCGUCCGCGAUGGCCCGCUGGGAAGCGUGGCUGUGCUGGCUGUGGCUUGUGGCCCAGAAAGUGCCUCAGAGUCACUCCUGCCCACGGCCAAGCCGUGCAGGCAGCAUCGCCACCGGGCCGCGAAACCCAGGCGCGUGCCAGCCCCUCUCGUGGGAAGGAGGACAAAGGCUGGCCCUGCCCCCGCCGUGCCCACUGGUCCUCUCCCGGUGUCUCCAGUUUCUUGCAGGAGCCUCCAGGUGUAAUCAGUUAAGAUGGGGCCUCCUGAAGUCCCGACUGCCGUCCUCACGAAAAGGGGAUUUUGGACAGACGCACAGAGGGAAGAUACCACCUGCAAACUAAGGCAGGGGGCCUGGAGCAGACCCUUCCCUUGUACCCUUCAAAAGGAAUCAACCCUGCCCAUGGCUGGACCGUGGGCUUCCAGACUCCAGAACUCCUGUGCAAACGGAGAUAGUCCCCAGUUGUGAGAACCAAACCUGGCAGAGCAAGUGAAGACGGGGUCUGGGACUUCGGCACAGGGGGAGACCUGGAAGCCGCUCCUUGAGGUCCCGCUGCCCCUGUGCUACAGGACAGAUGAAGGGGGUGAGGGGAAGGUGCGGCCAGGGUGGACCCAUCUGGUGACUCCCAGGCUGGGCAUUGAGGGUGGAUUAAACUAGGCGAGAUGCCUGACCUGUACUUCAGAAUUAAAUUUCUUUGCAUCUUGCUCCAAA